AUGGACAGCAGCAUUGUCCAACAGAAAUACAGUGUGAAUCAUAGUUUUCGACUUAGGAGGCCUCGUGGGCGCCGCCCCGCCCCCUCAAGCCUGGUGGCCACGCUCUCGCGAGAGUCACCUGACCCGGACAAGAUGGCGGCGCGGCCCGUGACGUUGCCUGAGGAUACAAUGACAGUCACGGUGGUGUAUGAUAACUCUGAGGCAACAGAGCUCUGUGCAGAUCAGCACCUCUACCUCAUGCCCACAGCAAAAUUAUCAAUGUAUGACUCCCAGAGAGUACAGAACCUAUGAGGUCUUUCCUUGAACUGGGAAGUUCUUGACUAGCUGAAGAGUCCGAUUUUCCCUGAUCAAAACAGCUCUUCUUGACCAGCUGAAGAUACGAAGGAUUUCAUCUGAUUCCAGGGGGAGCCUUAAACACAAAAUUUGGUUCAGAUCCUGAAGGCAAAAUUACAUAAGAAGAUCAUCAAGCUAAAUGGAUUGAAAACAGAUUUAAAAGUAGUGGCUACAGAUGCCCAGGGACAGUAGGAGCACUUCCUGAAGGAACAGGAGGCUCCAUCAAAUGACAGGGCUGAUGAGCUGGGCCACAAUAAGAUCCUGGAUUCCACACAUUUCAAAGGCUUGCCUGGCAAGGGGUUUGUACCUAAAGGUUCCACUGGGGGGAAGCCAUGUGAAAAGAUCCUAUAGGUGGUCACUGAAAAUUUUGAGAAGAUCAAGAAUGUGGAUAUUUCUAGGUUUGAUCCCUACAGAGAGGUAAUGACUGGUGGAACCCUUUGAGGAAUGAAGCUGAUGCUCAAAGGGAACAGUGGAAAAGCUCUGGCAUGUAACAUUAAGGUUAUGUAUGAUACAACCAAACACUUCCGUGCAGGAGCUGUAAGGAGGUGAGACCAAGAAAAAGAAUUGGAGGAAGAAAGCAAGGAAAAGAAGAGAGACCAGGAAGAGUCUAUAAGAAAAAGAAAAGAAGAGAGGAAGAGGGGAAGAAGGCCAGGGUCAGGAGGUGACCCCUGAAGGUACAGACACCAGCAAAGGAAGUGGUACAGAGUCAAAGCUGAGUCGCCUGGAGAGCCCAAUUCUUCGGAGGGGUGGGAGGAGAUGAAGUUCCUACUGUCAAGGCAGGUGGAGGCCAUUUGAUUGUUACUGGUGCUCUUGAGGAAAAUUGCAGAAACACUGUGUCAUGAUUUGUACCAGUUGUCAGUAGCACACUCUGAAACUAAUCACGGUCUGGGGAAUACAUUGGAAACUCUAAAGAAAGAAAAGAUAAAUACCUAAUAUCUUCAAAAUCAGGAGAAAGUGCCAAGAUACAGGCUGCCAGUUUAGAUAAUAAAGAAAAAAAAAAUGGAGGGAAGAAAUAGGGCUCAGUUAUAUGAAUCUUCCUUCCAUUGUAGAAAAAAUAGAAAAAAUUCAGUCAGAAAAAGGGGAACUGGACAAUUAUUCACCAAUGAAUGCGAUGACAUUUUUGACUUCAGCGAGACUUCCUUGGAAAUUGCAUUAAAUCAAGGUCAACGUCUUGAGAAGAAAGACCACCUCAGUUCUAAUAACUAUCCUUCCAUAUUACCUAAGCAAUACCGUGGCAAGAAAAACCGUGAAACAUGUGACCUUCUUGACUUUCUAUUAAACCAUUAUUAUCAUAUUCCAAAAUAUUCUUCUAUCUGCCUAGAACCAAGUCACCCAACAAGCACACAUCGGUGGCAGAGAUCUGUCUAUGCUACAGGAAAUGGAUUUCAAAUCAAAUUGAGAAAGUACAAAUGUGACUCAACCAGGUGGAGUCAAAUGCAAAACCUGCAUACUUGGAAUCCUGUGCAACAGCCACAAAAUAGAGCAAAAUUAUAUUAUGCCAAAGGAUGUUCUAAGGAGUUUAAAUAUCAUCUCAAGUACACAGCCAGUGAAGCUAGUGAUCAGUUGAUCCCAACUGAUAGAAAGGGCCAUCUGUUGAAAGAGACCCAUGCUUACCAGGUCGAAGAAUCUGGAAGUCAAAGCCAUUUUUCCUCACCCAAAAGGUCAGCAGAGUUGAAGUUGGCAGAUUUCCUCGAGGAAAUUAGUAGUGAUUCUGAAUGCUUCAAUCAAAACCUCAUCAUAAACAAAGAGGAGGAAGAGAAAUAUGUGGCCAUAUAUGAAAAUGCACCUGAAAGAGGAUCUAACAAUCAAGAAAUCAGUUUAAGUCAGCUGAGCUUGUAUUCAAAGUAUAAACAUUUUGGGGAGGAGAAAUACUUUGAAUACCAAUUUAGGAAACCAGUCAAAAGGUUCAAGUAUGAACCAAUAAGUUCAUGGCUUGAGGGUGAAAACAAUUUCAUGAGGGUUGAGAACAGCAACAGCAAACUGAAGAAAAGGCUAGGUCCCAAAUACAUGCUUGAUCAGGGCAACUACCACAAGUCCAGUUUUGGUUACGUACUAGGCAAUACUAGAAAAAAGAGGAGGCGGUCCCGUAAGAAAAAACGUCACCAGAGAGCGAACUACAGAUCCUUUCAUGUUCCAACAUCAUCAGAAUUUACUAAUACUUUCUCUUCAAGGCGUUUUCGCCAAAGAAGACAGACUACAUGGAAGACAAGAUAUAACCAGAAUGACUUAAAUGUGGAAGAUAAUUUGUACUUUUCAACUGAAUGA